AGAGGAGCGAAGUGUUGGAAUGCGGGCAGCUCUCGUGGACGCGCGCGCGCCCCUCCCAGGCGCGCUCCCGCCCCCCUGAGCAACACUGGACCGUUCUCUGUAUCACCUGCUCUUCUGCGGCGUUGAACCCAGCCUUUAGCUUUGGCUACUGGUAUUCCUGGUGCCAGGAAAUUGAGGAGGGGGGUCCCACCCGACUUCGUUCCUUGUGGAAGCCAUGUCCACUUUCCGCCAGGAAAAUGUGGAAGACCACUAUGAGAUGGAAGAGGAACUGGGCAGCGGCCAGUUUGCGAUCGUGCGGAAAUGCCGAGAAAAGAAGAGCGGCCUGGAAUACGCGGCCAAGUUCAUCAAGAAGCGCCGGCUGUCCUCCAGCCGCCGGGGCGUGAGCCGCGAGGAGAUUGAGCGGGAGGUGAACAUCCUUCGGGAGAUCCAGCACCCCAACAUCAUCACCCUCCACGACAUCUUUGAGAACAAGACGGACGUGGUGCUGAUCCUGGAACUGGUCUCGGGCGGGGAGCUCUUCGACUUCCUGGCCGAGAAGGAGUCGCUGACCGAGGAGGAGGCCACCCAGUUCCUCAAGCAGAUCUUGGACGGGGUCUACUACCUGCACACCAAGCGCAUCGCCCACUUUGACCUCAAGCCCGAGAAUAUCAUGCUCCUUGACAAAAACGUUCCGAGCCCCCGAAUUAAGCUGAUCGACUUCGGCAUCGCUCACAAGAUUGAAGCAGGGAACGAGUUCAAAAACAUCUUCGGCACCCCGGAGUUUGUAGCUCCAGAAAUCGUCAACUAUGAACCUUUGGGCCUGGAGGCAGACAUGUGGAGCAUCGGCGUCAUCACCUAUAUUCUCCUAAGCGGUGCGUCUCCGUUCCUGGGUGAAACGAAACAGGAGACUUUGACUAAUAUCUCUGCCGUGAACUACGACUUUGACGAGGAGUACUUCAGUAACACCAGCGAACUGGCCAAGGACUUCAUCCGGCGACUGCUGGUCAAGGAUCCUAAGAAACGAAUGACGAUUGAGCAAAGCCUUGAGCAUCCGUGGAUCAAGGUGAUCAAACGCCGGAACGUGCGCAACGAGGACAGCGGCAAGAAGCCGGAGCGCCGCCGCCUGAAGACGACGCGGCUCAAGGAGUACACCAUCAAAUCGCACUCCAGCAUGCCGCCGAACAACACCUACAUCAACUUCGAGCGCUUCUCCAAGGUCAUGGAGGAGGUGGCGGUGGCCGAGGAGGGCCUGCGGGAGCUGCAGCGGAGCAAAAGGUCCUUCCAGGAGGACAUUGAGGCCUUGCGCUCCAUCUACGAGGAGAAGGAGCUCUGGUACAAGGAGGAGAACGAGGCCAUCAGCCAGGACCUCCGGCAGAUCCGGCAGGAGAUGCAGAAGACCGAGGCCCUCAAGCGGCUGACCCAAGAGGAGGCCCGGAGCGCCUCGCUGGCCACCAACGGCCUCAAGCGGCGUUACCGGAAGCUGGAGAACCGCUACGAGGCGCUAGCCAAACAGCUGGCCACCGAGAUGAAGUUCGUGCAGGAGCUGGUGCGCUCCGUCGAGCUGGAGAAGUCGCAGAGCGGGGACGGGGAGUGCGGGAUCCGCUAACGCCGCCCUUUCGGGGCCCGGGUUCCGGUUCUGCCCCGCCCUCCCAGCAUUCCACGGCGCUCCCUAUUUAAUCCCGGCUUCCAAGACUCCGUAUCCCAUCGCGCAGCGCUGCCGCGGAGGGCGACGCCGCUGCAUGCUCGGCGCCUGGCGUCUUUCCCCGCCCGAAAAGUGCUUAUUUAAAUACGUUUCUUGUUCCCUGCCUGGCUGAACGGUCCUGCCCUGGCCGACGCGCGCCCUUCCUGGGGGGGGGACCCCUCUGCCGCGUCUCGCCGGAGGGGAUUCCGGCUGCGGACAGGGAAGCCGGAAGUCUUGUGUCCGGCCUCCGCCGUGCUUCUGCGAGGGGCGGGCGGGCGGCGUCGGAAAUGGGGGUGCAAAGGGGAUUGGUGAGAGUUUCAGGGCAGGGCCACUGUGUGUGUUGUGCGUGUGUGUCCGUCUGUCCCGCCGCCUAUCUCUGGCCAACCCCCCCCCAGGGCGCUUCGCCGGUUCUCCUUCGCUAGGAACCUUCCUGGGGUCUCUGGGACCGAGGGGGCGCUUACACACCCCACGUGUGAGGCGUUCUGGGCCCUGCAGGAGGUUUCGCUUCCCUUAACUCUGGGUUGUGGGUAGUGAAAGAUCAGAGAGAGGUAAGAAAAGUAGAGGCCCCCCCCCCCUCUCUCUCUCUCUUGUGGUUAGGAUGUGCGCGGGUAUAAAGGAACCACACUUCCAUGGGUUCCAAGCUGGGGUAUUUUUUCCUUUUAGUGAUGUGUCUGUGCUGCUUCAUUCCGAACUCUUCGUCACGUGGUACGCGUUCGUUGUUGUUUCUUCUUCC